ACUUCCGGGUUCGGCCAGAGCGCAGCCAUUGUCCUGCGCGCGGACCCCUGUUUAAGGCCCCGCAGUACAGCCCUUAGGAGCUAACUCGGAACGGCCUUGUGGAUGCUGACUAGGGGAGGGGCCAGAUUAGUUCAACCCGUCUCAGACGUGACAAAGAACCGAGGCAGGGGGCUGCUUAACCCGAGAGCGUCCAGUCACAGAGCCGUGCGGGGCACUGAGGCGGAGACUGGCCGGACCUGAGCAGCGGGCCCGGACCUCAGUUCAGUACCCGGCUGUGCCUGGAGGACAGUAUGGAAGGGCAGGAUGAGAAGCCCCCAGGACCCCUUAAGGCCUGCACACAGGACUCUCUCCUUCCUCAAGAGAUUAUCAUCAAGGUUGAGGGAGAAGAUGCUGGGUCACUGGCCAUCCCAUCCCAGGAAGAAGUGAACUUCAAUAUUGUAACUGUGGACUUUACUCAUGAGGAACAGGGUACUUUGAACCCUGCUUAUAGGAUCCCAGACAGAAGUGUGAUCCUGGAGAACCACAGGAACCUGGUCUCUUGGGACUUGGCAACUGCACUUGGAAGGAGAGAAUCAACUUCAAAACAGAUCAUUUUUGAUGUGGAAUCAUCCCCUGGAGUAAAGAUAGAAAGCUUGACAAGAGAUGAUCCUUGGCUAUCUUCAUGUGAAGAAGUUCAUGAUCAUAAGGAUCAGUUGAAGAAGCAACAGGAAAAGCAAGAGAGACUUUUUCAGGAAAUGGCAGUCACUCAAAAGAAAGCUAUUCAUGAGAAGGUUUGCAAAAGUGAUGAACUUGAGAAGAGUGAUAUAAAUCCCAGCUUUCUUUCACUCCCAGUGAUACCCAUAAGAAACCAUUUUCAUAAACAUUUGUCACAUGUUAAAAAAUCUCAUUAUAAUUCUGUUGUAAACAGUCAUCAGAAGAUUAAUGACAGUGAGAAAUUACGUGAAAAUAAUGAAUGUGGAAAACUCCCUCAGAGCAUCCACCUUAUUCAGUUUACAAGAACUCAAAAAAGAGAUAAGUCCUAUGAAUUUAUUGACACUAUUCAACCUUUUAGCCACAGCGCAUCCCUAAAUAUACAUGAAAAAAUUUAUGCAGAAGGUAAGACCUUUGAUUUUAAGGAAUGUGGGCAAGUUUUGAACCAUGACAUAUCCUUUAAUGAACAGCAGAAAAUUCCUGUUGAAGAGAGUCAGUAUAAAUGUAGUAAAACUUCUCAGAAUUCAUCCCUUGCUCAAAAUAUGAGAAAUAAUUCUGAAGAAAAACCUUUUGAAUGUAAUCAAUGUGGGAAAGCCUUUAGCUGGAGCUCACAUCUUGUUGCACAUCAAAGAACUCAUACAGGGGAGAAACCUUAUGAAUGUAAUGAAUGUGGAAAAUCCUUCAGCCGGAGCUCCCACCUCGUUUCCCAUCAAAGAACCCAUACAGGAGAGAAACCUUAUAGAUGUAAUCAGUGUGGGAAAUCCUUUAGCCAGAGCUACGUGCUUGUGGUACACCAGAGAACUCAUACUGGAGAGAAGCCUUAUGAGUGCAACCAAUGUGGAAAGUCAUUCAGGCAGAGCUACAAACUAAUUGCACAUCAAAGAACACAUACUGGAGAGAAGCCCUAUGAAUGCAGUCAAUGUGGGAAAUCAUUUAUCCAGAGUUAUAAGCUUAUUGCACAUCAAAGAAUUCACACUGGAGAAAAACCCUAUGAAUGCAAUCAGUGUGGAAAAUCCUUUAGUCAAAGUUAUAAACUUGUUGCACAUCAGAGAACUCACACAGGGGAAAAACCUUUUGAAUGUAAUCAGUGUGGAAAGUCUUUCAGCUGGAGCUCUCAGCUAGUGGCUCAUCAAAGAACUCACACUGGAGAGAAACCCUAUGAAUGUAACGAAUGUGGAAAAUCUUUUAACCGCAGUUCUCACCUUAUUAUGCAUCAGAGAACUCAUACCGGGGAAAAACCCUAUGAAUGUAACCAGUGUGGGAAAUCCUUCAGCCAGAGUUAUGUUCUUGUUGUGCAUCAGAGAACUCAUACUGGAGAAAAGCCCUAUGAAUGCAGUCAGUGUGGGAAAUCCUUCAGGCAGAGUUCAUGUCUUACUCAACACCAGAGAACUCAUACUGGAGAGAAACCCUAUGAAUGUAAUCAGUGUGGGAAAACAUUCAGUUUGAGUGCUCGACUUAUUGUACAUCAAAGAACUCACACUGGAGAGAAACCAUUUACAUGUAAUCAGUGUGGGAAAGCUUUCAUUAAUAGCUCUAAACUUAUUAGGCAUCAGGCAACUCAUAAUGAAGAGAAAUCCUAUGAAUAUAACUAGUUUGGAAAUUUAUUCCAUUUGUUUUUUAAAAUUUAUUUUAAGAAAGUGCAUUUGGUGGGAAGGACUAGUGUAAAAUGAUGCAUGUGGAAAACCUUUUAGUUAACCCUCUUUUAUUGUAUAUCUGGAAUUCCAUUUUCAAGAAAGGGAGGAAGCUGUGAACUACAUAUUUUAACUUAGCAAUUCCAUGAGCAGCAUCAGACUUGGCCCUUAUGUACAUCCUACAGAUGUAAUAAAUACUGACCCUUUUCCUUGCAGAUAGCACUCAGAUCUGAAUCUGAGAGACAAAACCAGUUAGGUAGACCUUUCUCCCCUCAUAGAGUAAAUCAAAUGCUUGUUGUAGAGAAGAUUGAAAAAGUGUCGUAGUUCGUAAAACUUAGGCUGGAAAACAGUUUUUCAGAGUAUCAUUCUACUACUUAAGUUCUCCAUUAGAUAGUUUGGGAUCUGUUUUGUAUGGUGCUUUGUUACAAGUGAAGAUUUUAUAAACAUUAGGAAAUUGGCCAUGAUACGAAAUGAAAAACAGGACAAAAAUACAGAAAUUUUCUUUUCUAGAACCAUAAUGAUUUUUGUGUAUAGAUUAUAAUUGAAAGGGAUUAUGGGUGCAUCUAAUUGAUAUUUUGGUUAAUGUCAGGUUUUCUUUGUUUUCUGGAAUUUAUGCUGUUUUGCGACAACAAAUGAUAUAAUGAGUACAAGUUAGUCAAAAACAACAAAAGGCACAAAAAUUACCACCUUGUUUGACCAUUUAGGAAAGACUAAACAGCCAGAUAGCAAAGAUCCCUCAGGGUUCUGAAAUUCCCAUUUCAUUUACCAUGAGUAGGCUGCUCCUUAGGACUUGGAUUCCCAGGAAUGUUCUUUGUUGAAAAUAAUUCCUUGGGAGUAAUGCAUAAUUGGAAUUUAGACCAGAAAGGGUCUGUAUGAGCAGUUGAGAACAUGUGGGCAGUACAGGGAGUGAAUGAGCUUAUUUUCAUAUAUUCAGAGCAGUAUAAAGGAGCACUGUUUCUAAGUGGGUUUUUUCCUCCCCAUGUUUGGUAUUAUUAUUUUUUUCUCUGGAAUGUGUUCCUAAUGUGAGGGUCCCCUGAGUGUGUGUGUGUGCGCGCGCGUGUGUGUGUGUGUGGUGCUAUUCUGGCCGAGUGCUCUUCAUUUAAAUUAAGCCUGCAAGAAUGCUUUCUAGUCAAGCAAAUUUUAUAGGUACUCUUCAGUUUUUAAGAUUUGUUUCAUAUACCUUCAUGACCCUUGUCCCUGAAUCAUGAAUUCUGAUCCUGUAGGUAAUCAUAUGCUGAAAGCCUCUGUUCUUAAGUAAUAACAAAAUAAAUGGAGAGAUGAACUGAGAGCAGAAAAUAGAGGUAAAUUCUUUGGAGAAAAGGAAGAAAACCUAAAGUGAUAUUUGGUAGGGGUAAUUAGUAACAUUCUGUCCCCAUGAAAUGACCCUUGGGAACCAUCUCUUUGAGGAAUAAGCCAGAGCAUGUGCCAAACUUGACAGUGACAGAAAGUCUCAGGGGACAGUUGUUAAUGGCGGGAAACCUUGCUUCUGUCCCAGGAGAAUCGACUCUUAGUUCCAUUCAUUGACUUUUGGAAAGGACAUGGAAUUGUAGAAAAUCUUAGUUUAACAAUGAAACCUAACCUAAAUAGUCUCUUCCCCCAAUGAUAAAGGCAAAGAUCUCUGAUUGUAUAAAUUAAUAUAAAUACAGAUGGGUUAAAAAUUAGGGCUCUGAAGAUUUCAAGUUUUGGAAGUGAUUUAUUCCAAAGAAAUUUCUUCAGUAAAUGAAAUAUUUCAUCGACAAUGUGAAAUUUGUAAAACUGUAAAAACAUUUGAAAUGAGUAUUUGUGUGAGUGGUUGUGUGUGUGUGUGUGUGUGUGUGUGUGUGUGUGUUUUCCGGCUACCUGGCAAGGUUGAAUAUGUGUGUCAUGUUUGUGUCAUAAAUGUAUCAGUUCUUAGGUGGUGAUUAUGGUUGCCAAGUGUUUGAAGUAAAAUAGAUUUUAAUAAUUAAAAAUUUGGAAUAAUUUUCUGUCAUUUAUUUAAUAAUUUUCCUUUGCAAGAAAGGUGUGAUAAUUCCAAAAUGAUCAAUCAAAAAUAAAGAGAAGUAUCAACAUACCAAAAAUAUGAGUUAAAUUUCUUAGCCUAAAGUUUAGGGCUAAGAAAGGGUAUUCAAUAACUUGAUUUUAAUUACACACACAUGACUGUGUAUACAUUCACACACAGACUGAGCAUCUCUAAUCUGAAAAUCUGAAAUCUUAAAUGCUCCCAAGUCUAAAACACUUUGGGUGCCAAAAUGAUGCCACAAGUGGAAAAUCCCACUUGUGGGAUUUGUGUGACAAGUUACAGUAAAAGUGAAGGCAUACUUAAAUUACCUAAGUUAUAGUGUAAAUUGUAAAAUUGUCAAGUGUCUGUGAAACAAAUGAAUUUCAUGUCUAGACUUGGGUCCCAUCCCCAAAUACCUCAGUAUGCCUAUGUGAAUAUUCUAAAAUCUGCAAUUCAAAGUACUUCUGGUCCCAAGCAAUUUGGAUAAAAAAUAUUGGAACUCUGUACAUAUUUUACAGGCCAGAUUUCAUUUCUUUCAUUUUACUCAGUAUAAUUGGAAAUAAAAGUGAUGGAAGUGUUUUUAAUAUCUGGAUGUUAAGAAAUCCUCUUCUAGAACUAAUUUUUCAAAGAGUAAUUCAAAACUGAAUUUAAAACUGCCUAGGAAUUAUCUACAACCAUACUGCACUAAUAAAACAUGUGUAAAGUAAAAACUGCCCAGGAAGCAGGAAGGUGACUCCUCCGACCAGAAGCUUUUCCUUUGGUUCUAUAUUUGGUUAGUUCACAUUUUUCUUCACCACAACUUGCCUUUUGAGAGGACAAAGGACAUAUUGACUCCUGCAACACACUUUAUGGCAGUGUGAAACCCUAAGUUUGUUAAUUUCUGAACUUUCUGCAUUGUUGAAAAAUGUCAAGGAUAUGCCAUUAACCUGAAUUGCUAGUUUAUUUAAAAGUGACAAUAAUAUGUACAGGUGAUCAUAAGUGGAUCUGUUGAAAUUUUAAUAGUUGAGGAAAAGGUUAAAUAGCACAACAUCUACAAAAAGGCCAGAAGUUUUUUCCUGAUGAAAUUUCAAAUUCAUUUAUCUGGUGUUAUCAUUCUCUAAUAGUUGUAUGAACAUUCCAUUAUUGAUACUCGGUAUAUGUAUUAUUAUGUUGCCCAAGGGUAGAGGGAGUUGCAAUCUUUUUAAAUAAUCUCAUGCUUUAAUUAGAUGCAAGUUCAGUUUGCUGAUAGUAUUGAUCAUCUAGAUUUGUAUGUAACACAUCAGUUCCGAGAUGUGUACCCAAGAAGUAGAGCACUCAAGUCACCACAGCUUCCCCCAUGUGGUGCAGCCUCAACCUGUGCACAGGCAUCCUGUGUCCCACUAAGGAAGAUAGGAUGAUGGGAUGGGAAGACAGCAUGACACUGGGGUAUUGUUCUCUGCACUGGAUAAAGUCUAGUUGUACGUUUUGUUUUUUAUUUAAAAGGAAGACUAAUGUUUCUGACUUUAAAUGAAACUAAAUUGUGGCUUUUUGUGAUUAUGUAUGAGACACUCAAAUUGUUUAGAAAACAUUGAAUUUAAAAACUUUUUAAAGUAAAAUAUGGUGACUAGGUUACAGCUCAAGUUAAACUGUAAACAGCAACCCUUACAGGCUGAGCAGCCUCUCAGGUCACAUCUUAACCUGUGGACCUAUCUAUUGUGCAGCAGGUGAUAUGGAGCCAGGGCUCUUUGGUGAGCAGCUUACCUUAAGGCCGAAAAAUUAAAAUGGACUCAACAUUUAUGGCCAAUAAGUAACACUCUCAGAGACAUCUGUGUCAUGUUUUUUAGGCCACAGGGGCAGGAACGCUGAUCGUUGAGAAAGCCUUAGUUAUGGACACAUGGGUCAGGCUAGGUCUGCAGGAUCAAGAGUGCUAAAGUGCAAACUGGGAUUCUGAUAGUUCUCACAAAAGACAUUUAAUAUUGAUCAACCCAAAGUGUCCUGCAUGAAAGUUGUUAGCAGUUAUUGUUAUAUAGUCUCUGUAGGAAAUGGAACCUUUUCCAGACUGAUUGCAAACUGUGGGUGUUUUCACACAUUGAAAGGAGCACCUAAAGGUAUAGAUUAUCGCCCCUUAUUAUCUGGUACUAAAGUUGACCUCUUCAUUACUUGUCUUUAGUGGGUAGGUGUGUGGGCUGCAUGAGGAUAUAGAUGUGAUUAAUAAACAGACUCAACUCCCUUGGAAUAUUUGGUCAUGGUUAUCAUUGAAGAGAUGGGUAAAAUGUUAACAGGGCCAUCCUUUGCUCUUUGUUAAAACGUAGGAAGAAAACAAGGAUGAAAAAAUUUUUUUAAUGAAUAUAGCUCAUCCCAGCACAGUGGGGUAGGUAUGGGGCAGACAAACAUAAAUUCAUCAUUCAGGAGACAAACCUUAAGGGGAAGAAAUACAGAUAACAGAUGUAAAGUAGUAGAUGGCCAAGGGAAGAUUAGGGACUCGGUGUUUUUAAAAUGUCAAAUAUAAUUAUUCCUGCUUCCUGCUCCUCUUCACUCCUGGUCCAAAUCCUUGCUCAUGAGAUUCUCGAAUAUUUAGAACACAAAGAGUCAUAUGCCAUAUAAUGACACUUCAGUCAGUGACAGGCCACAUGUACAAUGGUGGUCCCUUGAGAUACCUCCUAGUGACAUCGUGUAACUACACUCUAUGAUGUUGGCAAAAGGGCAGAAUCACGUAACAAUGCAUUUCUCAGGACAUACACUGAUUUUUAAGCAUCACAUGACUCUGGGGAAUAACAAGGAGUCGGCAUUAAAAUAACAGAUAAUUUAGUUCAGUGUGAGGUAGGAUAGAGGGAAUGAGGAUGGAUAGAAAGGAGACUAACAGGCAAGAUAAAAGAAAGUAAUCUUAAAUCCUAGAAGUUUCACGCGCACUCCCACCUUUAUUCCCCAAGCCUGUUUCCUCCAGAUCAAAAUUCUUAAAAAGCCCUGAAUCUUAGAGUAUCGUGAGUCUAGUUAGUUGAUACCUACAUACAUUGCCAGCUCUCUUUAGAUUAAAUAAAGCAGAGGGAAAUUAUUGUGAGACUUAUGCAGAGCCAUAAGAUAUGGGUAUAUAUCAAACAUUAUCAACUGAAUGACAUCAGCUCUUGAUCCUGAAAGAACCAGACCAUUGUGACCAGCCCUGUACACCAUGAGAAUUGAGCUCCCCAGCUGACAUCACUCGCCCCCACAUACUUCUAAGUCUCACUGUUUACAAAAUUCCCUUUAAAAAGAAGAACCCACGAUCACCAAAGUGUGGAGUGCCCUCAAUCCUUCUCACUUUGGGUGUGUAUCCUGCUCUAUUUCUUGCUUUCUGGAACAAAUCUUGCUUUCCUAAGUGAAUCUUUGUUCAUGCCUCUUUUGACACACUCUGAAAUGCCUUUCUGUGGCAUAAGUCAAGAACCUGCCAGGGCCACUGAAUUUGGUACAUGCCUAGAGGCAGAGGAUCUCAAGUUCAAAGUAAGCCUCAGCAACUUAGUGAGGCCCCAAGCAACUCAGCAAGAUCCUGUCUUAAAACAAAAUGGGCUGGGGAUGUGACUCAGUGGUUAAGCGCUUCUGGGUUCAACCCCUGCCCCCCACCCCCAAACCCUGCCAGGGCUAAGUUGAGAUCCCCUUCUCCCAACAAACCUUUUCAUUUUCAUGGAUGGUUCUUAAACCUUGCCAUGCAUCCAAAUAGAGGAAGGUAACUUCCUUUUACAGAGAUUUUUUUUUGCAUCCCUGGGGCUCAAGGAAAUUCACAAUGACUCUCCUGAUCCUAGAACUACAGCAUGAGAACCAUAGCAGCAGUUGGUUUUAAGUGUUUGAGAGUGGAAUUAAUUUACAUUAAUUUGCUUUUUCUUAAUGUUAACGAAGUUGAAUGUGGUUAUUAGUCAUCUGCAGGUACUCUUUGGAUAAAUGCCUGCUCAUGUGUUUUUGCCCGUUUUCUAAUUUCUGAUUGGAUUGUUUAGUUUUGUUCCAUUAAGUUAUUUGUAUAUUCCAGACACUAGCCCUUUAUUUAACAUAUGAUUUUUUGGAAACAAUAAUUGCUUGGAAACCAAUUUAUUUAGGUUGUGAAUUUAUAAAGAUUGUGCCCCUGUGGUCUUCAUGGUGGGAUGUGUGGUUUGUAAAUUUUUUCUUCCAGCCUGUAAUUUGUCACUUCACCUUCUUUACAGCAUUUGUCUGUUGGAGCCUGAGGAGACCGCGCACCGCAGAGGGUUGUGGGAAAUGUAGUCCGGGCCCUUCAGAGGCGCGCACUUCCGUUUCGGGCCACCGCAGGGCGGUUUCUUAAGUUCUGGCGAGUUUAGGUGGAGACGUGAGCCUGUCUCCCUGUGUUAUGGCGGGGUGGGGGUGGUCUUUGUCUCUCAGGGACAGUCUGGUCUCUAGCAGUUGGGGGAAGAGGCGGCCUGUGCGGGAAGGUAGGAGCCAGGCGGUUUCGACGAGCGAGGGCUGAGGAAGAAGCGUUGGAGGAGGCGGCCCGCGGGCAGCACUUGGACCUCACACUUGGAAAGGGCACUUUGAGGUCGCUCUGCACCUCCGCUUUGAGACCGGCGUCUCUCAAUUAGGAGACUCAGAGCCCAACAGUGGGGUGUUGAUGCUGCCUUCCGUUCUUUCAGGGGGGCACAAGUUGAUUUCUCCUAUUCUUUUCAAAGUUAUUAUGCCUUGUGCAUGUUAUAGGCGAUGCUUGGCCCGUCUGGUUGCUGGCUGUGGUGUUUGUAGUUCAGUGCAGCGCCCAGGUUGGAUUCCGCUAUCAAUCGUCACACAGCACGGGAGAGCCCAGCUCAGAAUUCACAUCUUGAGACUUGAUUCUCAUUCUUCUCUCCCGAAAGUCUCACGUGUCUUCUUGGGACUGUUCCCAGAGAACUGCAUUGAGGAAGAAGAAAUAACCAUUGGACUCUUGAUAUUAGAGCUCUAAUUUUUCUUCAAAGGACAUAGGUUCCAUAUGUUCGCAGGAUCUCCCAGCCUUCUGAUGGGGCCCCAGGCCUCACAGUUGCUAGACCUUCCCAGUGACAUAUUUGGAACUAUCCUCAGCCAUCUGCAGCAUUCUGGGCCCCUUGGACUAUGAGCCACUGCUCCCCGCCCCAGCAGAUGUCACAGCUUCUCAGCAGAUGUCCUGGAGCCUACUGAAUGAGUAGUUCCCUGAGGUGCCCUACUGGGGAGCCUAAGCUUUGGGGCCCAGAGGAAAGGACUCAGACAAGGUAUAAAAUUCCCUUUUGAGCCCACAGGUCCCCAGAGCCUGGGGACCAAUCAGGUACUCUGCCUUCAAAUGUCUGCUGGACCAGCAUGGUCAGAGUUUGGAGAAACCCAGGAAUGAAGAAGGCCUGGGUCUUCUGUUUCCCCAGUUUAGGAAGAUGAGAGAAUAAAUAAAAUCAUUGCUGCUCCGAGAAAACCUAGGAAAAGAGACCAUGGAGAUUUUGACCUCCUGCCAUGAGGAAAAGGGAAUACCCCCUCAGGCAUCAGAAAGUAAACCUAUCUCCCUCCCUUGGUUAAAGGAAAAAGAAAAAAAUUAUUGGGAGCCCUUGACCCUCAAGGAUGUGGCUGUGGUCUUCACCCAGGAGGAGCUGGGGCUGUUGGACUCUGCCCAGAGGAAGCUGUACCAAGACGUGAUGCUGGAGAACUUUAGGAACCUGGUGUCUGUGGGUGACGGGAACUUCUGUGGGUAAUUGACACGAGUUUAUUGCUGUGUUCUUAUUCCCCGGAAGGAAGAUGUUUAUGGUCUUUAAAUCCUUUUUAAAAUAAAACUUAGUUUGGGCCUGUAACAAA